UAGUUCUUCACUGUUGGCCUCCUCGGUGUCAAGUGGGCUUGUAGCGUUAAUUUAACGUACACCUACGACAACAAACAAUUUAAACGAGGAUUUUUCUUUUAUCGACGUUAAAAAUAUGGAUAUAACUGAAGACAAGGCUUCUUAUUAACGUGUUUGUACGUGGACUGACACGGUGAUGUUGCCUCUCUCAGAGAAACUGCCUGUUUCAGGUUGAGUUUUCGGCAUGACAGGAAUAAAGACAUAUAUGCAGCAAGUGUUGACAUCUCUUUUAAAAGUCAGCAUCUCAUUACCUUGCUAUCAAGAUUUCUCAUACAGAUUUUCAAAUGAAAAUGGAGGAUAUGCCCUUGUCAGGCCCAGACAACACCAGGCUGGAAGCCUUGGUCCAUGACAUCUACUCUGAUUUGGUGGAAGAUGCCUGUUUGGGCCUUUGUUUUGAGGUGCACCGUGCUGUGAAACAGGGCUAUUUCCUCUUGGAUGAAACGGACCAAGAGAGCAUGAAGGAGUUUGAAAUUGUGGAUCAGCCAGGUGUUGACAUAUUUGGCCAAGUGUACAAUCAGUGGAAAAACAAAGAGUGCGAGUGCCCGAACUGCAAAAGAUUGAUCGCGGCUUCUCGCUUCGCCCCGCACUUGGAGAAAUGUCUCGGCAUGGGACGCAACAGCAGUCGCAUCGCCAACCGCAGGCUAGCCAGCAAUAAUAACAUGAGCAAAUCAGAGAGUGAUCAGGAAGACAACGAUGACCUCAAUGAUAACGACUGGUCGUAUGGGGCAGAGAAAAAAGCCAAGAAGAGAAAGUCAGAUAAGAAUCAAAAUUCCCCAAGACGAUCCAAAUCUCUUAAACACAAAAAUGGUGAGCUUGGGAGCAGCGUCGCUUCAGAGCCUUACAAGUACAACUAUAAUACUGGCAUCAGUUAUGAAUCUUUAGGCCCUGAUGAAGUCAGAUCCCUUUUAACAACGCAAUGUGGGGUGAUCUCUGAGCACACCAAGAAGAUGUGCACCAGGUCUCAGCGAUGUCCCCAGCACACGGACGAACAGAGGAGGGCCGUCAGAGUGUUCCUCCUGGGGCCGUCCGCGCCUUCGCUGCCAGAUGCAGACGCUGUGGUGGAGAGCGACAGCUUUGACAUUCCAGAUGGACAGAGCCUGAUGAGCCGCCUGCAGUGGGAAGACUCCCCGGAUGUUUCACCCACUGACUCGGCCUCAUCUAAAGCCAGCACCAACCAUUCAGAUUCUAGGAGGCCCAAGAAAACGAAGAGGACGUCCCUCGUUUUGAACAGCGGAGUCGUAGGAGGAGGAGUAAGUCUGACUGGAGGCGGCGGCAGCAGCAGCGCUCAGAGUAAUAUCAGCUUAUCGACCAAAAAAAAGAGGCCCAAACUCUCAGCACCUUCCAUUUCCAGUAUCUAUGAUGACUUAAACUAGCACAGGCCUUGUCUGUUAGAGCAGCUCUCGCCUCCUCUAUUUAGUCCUUCUGCUCGUACCUACAUUUACAGGACGGGGUGAGAUUCAACUUGAUUUACAGUCGUCACUCUUAUUCAUCCAGCCUUGGCAAGUAAGUUAAUUUUAUGACCAUUUAUCUUUCUGUAUUAUGAACGCAGUGUUCUAAAUGUUGUGGUUAAGAGUCAGAGUCCAAGAAGUACUACGGCGUAUAAAGGGUCAAUGUAGGUAUAAAUGUUUUUUGAGAAAGACUUCUGAGAUUAAAAUCGUACAUUUACGAGAAAACACUUUUGUUAUCCUCUGAGAUUAUAAAGUUGAAUUCUCUUAAACUAAACAAAAGCGUGAUGAAACCAGUGUUGUUCUUUUGCUAAAGGAACCUCAUCGCUUCACUUUGCAAGGUUGGAUCAACCUCAUCUCACCACAGACGCCGCUGCUUGCCACGACUAUGCCUGAAGUGGAUUACCUAAUCAAAUUACAAUUUGCAAUCGGCUUUAGCAAUAAGGAAAUACUCAUUAUUUUAGCCCAGAAUCAACAUAUUAUCAUAAGCGUCCGGACUUAGAAGAGACAUUGCAGUAAAUUGGUCCUAUUCAGUAGAAAACUACAUACUGAUUUGGAUGAAGAUGAUAGAUUUUGUUUAUCAGGAACACGAUGGACAGAUGAAGGAUGCCCCCCGCGCACGUGUGCCGUUCCCUGAAAGUGAAGUAAUGUGGUUCCUUGACAAAAAAAAAAGAAAGAAAUUGACAAUACUUCUGAGUUUAUUUUCUCGACUAAAGACCCCCCCUCCCCCGACAAAUUACAAUAUUAACAGUGAGUUGUACACCAUAAACUGGUUUCACUACAGGCGUUUUGCGACAACAUAGCAGGGAAAGAACAGGUGCCAUUUAAUAUUUCUAAGGGCUGCACCUAAUUUCAGGGUUCCACCACUGUGCAUGCUUGAUCACACGCAGAGUUUUACUGAUGCACUUAAAUGGAACACAGCCAUCGUUAACCAAAUGAAUUGCUUUUCCUGCUAUGACCAGUCAAAGAUGUCUGCCGUGAAAACUGCCCAUUAGGGUUUUAAAUCUGUCCAACCUUUUCUGGAGGUUUGUACAAAAGGCCCCUUAACAUCUGAAUUCCCGAUGACCUCUUUUACUUAAUCUACUGAUUCAAGAUUUGAUUUGCUAUAGUCUGUCAGAAAAGGUUUUUGUUGGCCCUAAACCUUUUGCUCAAAGCUAGAAGAGUCUUGUCUGAAACCUUCAGGUAAUGCGAUCUGUCCCUCUUUUUAUACUCUGUGAUCAUUUAACUCCGUGUUGAGGAGACGUGUGCUUUAACUGCUUUUAGUUCAACACUUGUCACGUAUACUGGAGUACUCAUCAGUGGCUUUUUAAUUCUAGCAUCGUAUUGCACAGUGUGUGUGUGUGUUCAUUUAUAUUUUCAUAAAACUAUGCAUCCUAGAAUGUGACAUUUUUUGUGAAAGUGUGUGUGUGUGCCAUUUUGAAUAUUGAACUUUUUGUUUACAUCCCAAAAAAUAUAUUUAAGUUUGUAUUUGUCACUGCCUGUAAAGUGAUGUGUAUAUUAUUUGUGUGUUAAUGCAGAUUUUGAUAUUUCAUGAGCCAGUAGGCUCUUGCGGCACAUGUACAGUUCAUGUAUGUAUGAGACGGUGAGAAGUAAUCAUGACUCCAACGUAACUUUCUUUCGGCGGUACAAAACUUGUCUUGUGUAUCUUCACUUAGCUUCUGCUUAUAGAUCACAUGCAAUAAGUAGAUCAGUGCUUCAGUUCUGUUUGUCAUUCAUGAGUCUGAGUGAUAAGUCUGUCAAUCUAAAUAUUUUUAUUUUUAAUAUAUUACAUGCUUCAGAUGCACUAUUUCACUCAUCUUGCACUUGCAACUUUUCACAGUUGAUGUCUUACAGAAGCUUCUUUAUUUGUUGUUUUCUUCUUUUCAAACUCAACGGCUUUACAGUUUAUUAUUGUGGUGUUAGAAGUGCAUAGUUGAGUACAAGGAUGACGUAUUUUGUUUGUAUAUAUCAAGACAUCGUCGCUGUAAAAUUGAAGGACUGUAUGACAAUUAUUAGGGUGUAGAGAAGGGUUAAGUUGGCAGUGUACUCCAUCAGAAGAGCUUGUUGGAUGAUUGAAUAGCUUCGGCAUAUCCCUCCGCCUCCACCUUUCCGGUGUCAAAAUCUCCGAAACGGACGGUCGCACUCACUUCACGCUGUGAUUGGUCAGCUGUGCGGAAGUGGAUCUCCUCUCUCAAAGGCUCUUUUGGAAUUAUUCUUUCAGCUAUUUUGUCUUUACUGUAAAAAAAACAAACAUGAAAAAUGGGCAACAACCCCCCCGCCUCACCCGAAUAGUUUUCGUACAGUCCCUAAAGUCAAGUAAAUUCAGUUUGUUGUCUCUAAUGUCAUGACAAUCUGUCAAAGCCUGAUUUCAUUUACAGUACUGUUAACACUUCCGCAUCUGUUUCCGGUAAGGUCUGUAGUAACUUUGACCGUGCCCUUUUGAAUCUUUUCCAGUAAAGUCUUGUGACGUGCACUGAAGAUAAAUGAACUGUUGUUGAGAUACUUUGGUAGGUGUGAUUUUUAGAUUCUUAAGCCACUUUUUCUUGGAUGACGCUAACGGCGGAUGUUCUCUUGUGGCUCUGUGUGUGUGUGUGUGUGUGUGCAGUACAAGUGCAAUAACAAAGAACGUGAUGUUUUGAGUUUACGAUAUUUUUUCAUGCAUAAGCACAAAUCUGUGGAAUGACUGUUUGUUUUUUCGUCACUUCAAUGCAUACUGGUGUUUGUAGAUGAAUAAAAACAAACCGUACUCGACAGGCUCACUUCUUGAGAUCACAAACAAAUAAUGAAACAA